AAUAGCCUAAAUAUGUGUAGAAAAUGCAAACUCAAAGGUUCAAAUGACAUUUUCAAGAUAAUACAAAGUCUAAAGGUUAAAUUGAGACGCUCUUUCUCAUAAUUUUAUCUUCUAUGAUUAAUUUCUUAUCCCAAAAUAUGUCACAGCUAUGCAGCUGGGAUGCUGUUUGGUGGACAUAGCGCUCUUCUUAAAACGAGACUGUAUGUCCCGUUCAGCAUCCUCUUUGUUUUUUCCGAUAGCACUUGAAUGCAUCACAGGAUGUGUUGGGCGCCUUGUGUCGUGACGCGCUGUCGUGGAGGCGUGCCUCUGAUGGAAUCAGCUGGGGAAACAACAACACAAAAGGGGGUGGCUCAGACUUGCAGAAUCUCUAUGCCAGUUUUGUGUAGAUUUCAUGCUAAAAAAAAAAAAGCGUCUUCUAAAAUCACAACGACGUUAGGUCAGGUGUGCUGCAGCGAGUCGGUAGACUACUUCUUGAGGACUGUUAAAGCGCUGGAUUUAGCGGGCGUUGUGGGGAAGUGAGAAGUAGGAUGUGACAGGGCAGAGGUCCUGUGCGACGUCCGCGGUUUUCAGUGCUCUUUAACAAACAACGGGGCCACCGAGAACAUCGAAUUCGCGCGCCUUUGUCCGGUUGAAGAGACCGGCUGGACCAUCAGCAUAGUGGCAUGUGGGUCAAUACCGGAACCGUCGGAAGGUAGGGACCCCUCCUGCAGCAAUACUGGGUCACAUGCUCUCAAUGCACAAUGCAGUCCACACACUGCUUGUGAAAUCCUUCACUCCAAAGAUUAUGAACCCACCAGCUGCAUUUGUUUCAAACUGUGUGACCACACUGCAGGGCCCUCUCCAUGGAUAUAGACACAGACUAUGAGCGGCCCAAUGUGGAAACCAUUAAAUGUGUGGUGGUUGGGGAUAAUGCAGUAGGCAAGACCCGGCUAAUCUGUGCCCGGGCCUGCAAUGCCACCCUCACACAGUAUCAGCUGCUUGCCACCCACGUGCCAACCGUCUGGGCCAUCGACCAGUACCGAGUAUGCCAGGAGGUGUUAGAGAGAUCUCGUGAUGUCGUGGAUGAGGUCAGUGUGUCCCUCAGGCUAUGGGACACAUUUGGGGAUCAUCACAAAGACAGAAGAUUUGCCUAUGGCAGGUCUGACGUUGUGGUGCUUUGCUUCUCUCUGGCUAAUCCCAAUUCCCUGCGCCACGUCCGCACCAUGUGGUUCCCUGAGAUCAAGCACUUUUGUCCCCGGACACCCAUCAUUCUGGUUGGCUGCCAGCUGGAUCUGCGCUAUGCCGACCUGGAUGCAGUAAACCGUGCAAGGCGACCUCUAGCCAAACCCAUCAAACCCACAGACAUCCUCCCUCCAGAGAGAGGCCAUGAGGUCGCAAAGGAACUUGGGAUUCCCUACUAUGAGACCAGCAUUGUUGCCCAGUUUGGAGUCAAAGAUGUUUUUGACAAUGCCAUCCGAGCCGCCCUUAUCUCCCGCCGUCACCUUCAGUUCUGGAAGUCUCACCUGAAAAAGGUCCAGAGGCCUCUUCUUCAGGCACCUUUCCUGCCUCCUCGCCCGCCUCGCCCCAUUGUGGGCAUCCCAGAUCCCCCUCCUGCGGACGGAGAGGGUCCUGAUUCCCUUUUCUGCCUGCCCCUGUGCGCAGAUGUUCUUUUCCUCCUGCAGGGUGGUGCCACUCGCGUCUUUGCGCACAAAGUCUAUCUGGCUACGUCCUGCUCCAAGUUCUACGACCUCUUCACCCUCGAUCUUGGUGGAUCAUGUACAAGCCCACAUGCGGAGGAACAGGAGAACAAGGAAAAUCUGGAGAUUGCAGAGGAAGAUGAGCAGAGCAGGAGAGGAGCCAAGGAGCAGGCAGGCCGCACUAAGAGCCUGGACAUCGAUAAAGAUGGAAUUGAUGGAGGAGUGCGAGGCCUGAAUCGACCCCAGCUGCUCCAGCAGGGCUCUUUGAGGACUUCCCAGAGCGAUAAUGCACUUCCCUCUAGAGCUCUGUACUCCCUGGGGGCACAAGGGACUGGGCGAGCCCUUUCUGGGUGGGGAAGGGGCUUCUUAAGUGUUUGUCUGGAGCAUGUUGAUGAUCCCAUGACCGGACGACCACGACUCAUGACUGUUGUUGCCAUGGAUGCACUUAUACAGGAGGAACCAUUCAAGGCGGUGCUUCAGUACCUGUACACAGGCAGCCUGGAUGAGAGUAGAGGAGAUCUGAUGCAGGUGGCGACCAUCGCAGAGCUGCUUGAGGUGUUUGACCUGCGGAUGAUGGUGGCCAACGUCCUCAACAGAGAGAGUUUCAUGAACCAGGAGAUCACCAAGGCUUUCCAUGUCCGCAGAGCAAACCGCAUCAAGGAGUGUCUCAACAAAGGGACCUUUGCUGAUGUGGUGUUCCGUCUGGACGAUGGAUGCCUGCCGGCCCACAAGCCCCUGCUCAUCUCCAGCUGCAACUGGAUGGCAGCCAUGUUCCGUGGCUCAUUCAUGGAGAGCUACAUUGAGGAGGUACCCAUUCCUAACACAAGUACAGCAUGUAUGCAUGGCGUGUUGGAGUUCCUGUACUGCAGUCUGCUGACACCCUGUCCUGGUCUGGAGCCCAUGGAACUGAUCAUUUUGGCCAAUCGUCUCUGUUUGCCACGCCUUGUUGCCCUCACUGAACAGCACGCUGUGGAUGAGCUGCUCCAGUUGGCAGUGAAAGGAGGUGACAUUGACGGGCAGGUGCUGGCUUACCUCGAGGUUGCACAGUUCCACAAUGCAAAGCAGCUCUCAGCUUGGUGUCUUCAUCACAUCUGCACUAAUUACAAUAGCAUCUGCCGCAAGUUUCCCAAAGACAUGAAGGCCAUGUCUUCAGAAAACCAGAGGCACUUUGAGAAGCAGCGCUGGCCUCCUGUGUGGUUCCUGAAGGAGGAGGACCGCUACCUGCGCUCCCAGAAGGAGCGCGAGCGCGAGGAGGAGAUCUUGCGCAAGCAACACACCAAACGGGGCUGGUGUUUCUGGAGACACCCGUCCUCCUCUCCACAUGUCUCCUAAAGGAUUUCUUCCACUGACUCCUACUUCCUCACCUGGGUGGUCUCAACCAGGAUAUCUACCCCUUCCCCCCCUCCCCCCAAUGCUUAUAUAGGAGGAGGUCGUCUUUGAUCCGUCAAUUAGAGGAGAAAUGACUCUCAGUGCGACUACGCCUGAAUGUCAGCAUGUUUGGGGGAAUGUAUGUGCCUCUUUAUAACUGUGGGUGAUUUCAUGAGUGCAUUUUCUUGUGUGAGAAGUGUAGACUAAACUGAAUGGUAUGUGUGUGUGUGUGUGUGUGUGUGUGUGUGUGAGUAUGCAGUUUUGGCGAUUGAGUGAUGCUUCCGAGUUGAGUGCUUCCCCGACACCCUGAUCCAUUAUGGACCUGCAGCAUUGCAGUGCAGUUACCUGACCCCUCCACCAGAGCUCCGUCCUUCCACCAGCACUCGCAGCGUCCCAGCUUUUGAGUGAUUGGACUGGGAGCAAGGGCUCUCUAUCUCUCUCAGUCUCCAUCCUUCACAUUGACCUUAAUGACUAUUACACAUUGAACACUGCUGCUCCUCUCAGGGAGCUUACCUCUGCCUUCACUUCUACGCAGACUGUUAGCUUGCACAUGCAGACCCGUGCAAAAGAUCCGCCCCUCCAAAACCAGCACUGGAAUCCCAGGAAUAGACACUUAACAAGGAAUUUAUUAUUAAUUUGACAUAAUUUGAACUUUUAUAUACUUUUGGCGUCUUUGAGGACAAGGGCGCUGGCUAAUCCAAGGAAGUGUUGAGAACUUUGAUUGCUGUUGCAACUGCAAAGAUGGGACUGUUACCCUAGAGCCCAGUUUGAGUGAAUGGCAACCUUUAAACCAUUAGCAAGUAAGAACGCUCUAUCAGGAGACAUAAUAAAAGCUAUUAGCCUCCUGUCUAGUACUGAUGUAGCCCCAGGGGUCCGUCAUGCACCGUCGCACCUCCACCCCUUUCGACAAACGAAGCAAACAAAAGACUUUCCUUGAGUCGGAUUCACCAAACUGCACUUCAGAGACAUUCAAAGUGACCACUCUAUGAUGGGGGCAACCAGGGCUAGCCUUACUUUAUACCUCUGCCACGGAGGAAUGAUGGGUACAGUAUUAUCUAAUGCGCUUGUAACGUCCAUGACCACUAGGCUGCGCUGAAGCACCUCAGUCAUCCUGCCUUUACACCCCUACACCUCUAGGGGCAGCACUGCUCAGGGCCCCAGCACUAACCUUCACUCGAACUAAGCGUUUUUUUUUAUGUCUGAGAUGUCUUCACUCUCGUUUCAGUUAUUAAGAACGUCAGUAUAACUUAAAUUCAUGCAAAGUUUGAAGCACAAGCCCAGUGUUUUAGUGCAUUUAAAAAAAAAAACUGAACCUGUUGAUUUUCAUUCAGUUCUAAAUACCAAAGCUGUGAUCCCUUUGAUCUCCUUCUUAUUCACUUUAUUUCUGGUUCCUUCCUCUGGAGGGAAGAGGGGGGGGAGGAAGGCUGGGUUUUUUUUUGGAGAAGGAAGCAGUAUGAUAUAAUGAUUAAAUCCCUCCUAGUGGUGGUGUUUUUAGCGAGUAGUGUCAGGAGAAUAAGUGUCUCUGCUGGACAUUGCCUUCCAUUCCUCUGGCUGGAAUUGAAAAAUGGUGCUUCAUACACAGUAAGACAGUGUCCACAUGAACACACAGCAAACACAUGUGACCGUCGAACUGUUUGUCCAGUUGUUUAGUGUUUACCUGUGAUGAACGUGCAGAAUUGUUUCGAUGGUAUUGCAAUUUAACAAGAGCAUUUUUUAGUUCCUUCAUUUUUCUUCUCCAUAUGCUUACUGUCUGUAAAAGGUCACAGUAGGUCACUGCUUUUUAGAAUGUGCAGAUAGCUUUUACGUACACCCUUGAAAUAAUUUUGCUGCUUUUGUAUUCAGUGUGUUUUGCUUCCGUUAUAACCAGGAGAAUAUAAUCACUUUAGAUAGAAUUUGCAGCAGCAUGUGUUCUCAAAUGACACACAGCUUGAUAUAUGACUGUGAGAGCAAAUCGGAUUUUCUUGUUAAGGGUGCUAAUUUCUUUGGGCUUUAGGGCUGAAUGUGAAAACAAGACUUUGUGGUGAUGAGUUUCUAUUAGCACGUCGUUCUAUUUGUGGGUUUGCACCCUUCAGCUCUUACCCAGACAAGCUGUAGGAGAUGGAGAGACUGUGUGAGGCAUGUGGUGUUGUCCACGGGUGGUGUGUUAAAGUCAUUGUCAUCCACCCAAAAUAGAAGCCAGAUUGGAUCUCACGAGACCCAAGUGAGAAGUAAACUCAUUCUUCUCUGAAAGGAGCAAAAUCUCAGUCUACAUUAUAUGUAUCCAACAUAGUUUGGAAUAAAUUCACCAAACUCUAAAGGCUUUGGGAAUUUAGAACUUUGAUGGAGAAGGCUGGGGGACAAUUUCCGAUGUACGUCUACAACCUCAAUUUAGUUCCUUAGUAGGGUUAGGUAUUAGAUUGGUCUCGUUAAAAGUGGGUAUGACAUAUAAAGCCUCUUCUCUCAGUCCAUGUGCCUUAUAGUUGGACACAACUAAAAGAAGAUAGGUUUGGAUUUUAGCAACAUUUCUGCUCAAACAUGCAGAUGGGUUCUGCAGUGGUUGACACGUUUGAUACAGUUAUUAAUUGCCAUGAUAAUAUUAUAACUUUAAAGAUUAAUUAUGGUGUUGCUGCACUCUCGGAAAUUUCGAGCCAACUGGAGACAAAAUCUUUAGGCCUACUGCUUGUUCCUUAUGUAGUUAAAUGGCCUUGAACUAAAUUCCCCAUAGGGUAUGGUCCUGUAGAUUGGUCAAAUCAUAUAGACAUGGAUUAGCAUGUUUUUUUUAGAUAGUUGAUUAUUUGGAUGUAAGAAUCACACCAUGGUUGAAAAUGUCCACUAACCAGGUGAUUAAGAGUUUGAAGAGGAAGGUUUAUUCCUGUAUUGUAACUUUAAAACCACUGACUUUUAAUGAAGCAAAGCUUUUUUGGGGAGCACUGGCUGGCCUGUGUGCUGGGAGGGGGCGACCACUUUUGUAACGUGGUUAUAUUUGCAUGGUGGCCUAUCUUUUGUCAUUAUAAUGACACUUUGGUGUUGGAGUGCACUUUCUUUUUUUUUUUUUUUGUCUAUGACUUUACUUUUUCUGUGCUUAGCAUGAAUUGUUCCUUAUAUGUAAGAUUGUGUUCAAACAUGAUGAUUGUAGCACAAUGUUUCCACUUAAGUCUUGCAUAUUUCCCCACGACUUGCUCAGUGAGGAGCUGAAUGACACAACGUGUCCAGCUUCUUUUUGAAGGUCUGCAGUUGGCAAUGAGCCCCACUGUAGCUCUUACUUUGUGGCUUUAUGCACAUCUCAGUUUUUCUAAAUUAGCUCAGAAACAGCUUACGGUAGCAUAACUAAAUAUAAACGUUAAAUGCUUUGCUGCCACCUUCUGCAGACAUCUGUUGCUGCUGUGCAGUGUUACAGCUGUCCUUUUUAUCCUGUUGCUGUAUUUAAUACAAUCAAAUAAGGGUUGUUCCUGUUAUUUGUAAGAUAUUGGGUGGAGGGCAAAAAACUAAGAAGCUUAAAUGGCAAAAAUGUAAGCUAAAAUCAAGUAUUGUAAUGCACAUAUUUUGAGAAUAUCCUUGUCAACAAAAACCCUGCAUGUAAAGAAAAAGGAACUGGUUAAAGCAUGGUGUAUGUUUUCUGGGGUUAGACAAAAGCUUGUGUUUAUACAGAAGCGUUUUUAACCUCAGGGAUGGGACCCAAUCUCGGGACAGUUCGUUUGCAAUAAGGGUCAAAUUUCAGUACUGAAUCAUAAAAUCAACUAAAGAUGUUUGUUAAAGAUAUAUGGGUAAUCACAUUUUGGAACAUUUGGGUACUACUAAUGUAAGGUUAAGAAACACUGGCAUACAGAGAGGAAACUCUAGAAAUGAAAAAUGUUAAACCUUGAAAGCUUUAUUGAAACCACAGUAUUUGCUCCACAUAGUCCUCUGCAGACUAAAGAUGUAGUGUGAGGGUUUGUGGUUUGUAUUGAUCUAUCAUCACAUCCUUUUCACUGUCCUAUUCUCCUCAUGUAUUUCUUUGGGGCUUUUCUUUUCUAGCAGGCCUGACCCUCCUUUUUUAAAUGUGAGAGAACACCUGUUUUAAGUCGUUGGUAUCUCCUCUCCUGUGCCUUCAGUGAAAUUUCGGCUUAGUCGGCACUGCACCUGCAGCCUUCUGGGCACAAAGUAGAGUUGAUUAAGGCAAGAAUUACACACAUUUGAGCACAGGAAUUAAAGUAGGCAGCUUUUCUUUCAUGUAAGCAUAGUUUUUAGGAGUGACUUGGAUAACUUCCAAUGAUAAAACAUAAAUGAAGCUUUACAAGUCUAGCAUGAAAUGUCAUCUACGCUAAAGCUACGCAACAUAAAAUAUUAAAUGACCAAGAAACCCAGCAAACCAGCAGUUAAAAAUAAUGUUUUCGCACUCUUUCUGGUGCCUGCACUUUCUAUUAUGUAGCCUAAUACAAGUCUUUUGAUAAGAAGGAUACUGUAAGUCUUUAUACUUACCAGUGUUCUUGAAAAGAAAAUAUAUUAUUACGUCUCGUUUUUUUCAUGAAUUAUAUCUUCAAUUCAGUAGUAGGACCCUUUGCUUCCACUGUUUAGCUGCAAAUUACUAUUAUGCAAUCGUGCAUAAUGUCAGUGUAUUUGAUGCUGGGAUACAGAAUUAGUGAACCACUGGUGAAUUAAAGGCAGAUAUUAGCUGUGACAACUAUAUAAACGAUGCUUUAAUAAUUAUAGUUUUUUUUAUCCAAAGUACAGUGCAGUGUUGUAAAUUUGAUAUGAGUCCCAGAUCAUAAUAACCUCUCACUGUAUUACUGCUCACCACAAUGUAUGUAUGGACUGAACUGGUUUAUAUGGAGGAUUGUAAACACAGAAGUGUGUCAAUAAUACACAGACAUGGUGUGAUUAACUCCUGUUCCAUUCUGUCAUUUUUAAGUGAGUCGUAUAAACUGUCUAGUAUUGUUAUGCACUUAUGUUUCCGGUGACUCAUAUGAGUUGUAUUAACGUUAUAACAUGCUCAUGUUACUCUGUGUAUUACAACAAAAGGCAAAAGAAAAGAGCACACCACACUCACAAACUAUAAGGGCUUUCAAGAAAAUAUACAACAAUCAGAAUGUUUUGCUGCUGUUGCAAAAAAAAGUUUUGAAACUAAAAAUUUGUAAUAUUUUUAAACCACUGUGAUUUGUACAAAACUAAAAAAAAACAAAAGUACAAAAAAAUGUUUCUUCUUUUUUUGCCAUUUCAGUAUUUUGAUGUUUGACAUGAAUUUUAAUAAAACUGUUAAUCUUUUGAAA